AUAUAACACGACACUCGCAACAACAUAAAGAUGAGCCUAAUGUUGUCAAUAAAAUUGCUUUUGUGGUUCCUGUUUUUGUCAUGGUGCCACUUUGCCAUCCCAUGUGAGGCCAACCAACAAGGGGAAUAUCUCUAUAAGUUUAUUCAAACAAAGAGGGCUCAGAAACGCUCUUAUGGAGAAGCUUCUUCUAUGGCUACAAAUCUUGGUGGUGAUGAACAUUUUUCGAAGGUUUAUGUUGUUAAGGAACAAUCCGGGUUGAUGGAAGGUGACAAAGUGAAGGCUUUGCCGGGACAACCAUCUCAAGGGGUGGAUUUUGAUCAAUAUGCUGGCUAUGUUACGGUCGAUGCCAAGGCAGGGAGAGCACUGUUCUACUACUUUGUGGAGUCACCUCACAAUGCUUCCAACAAGCCCCUUGUUCUAUGGCUAAAUGGAGGGCCUGGUUGCUCUUCCUUUGGGUAUGGAGCCAUGCAAGAACUGGGACCUUUUAGAGUCAACAGUGAUGGAAAAACACUUUACAGAAAUCAAUAUGCAUGGAACAAUGUGGCAAACGUGAUUUUCCUAGAGUCUCCAGCAGGAGUUGGCUUUUCAUAUUCAAACACUUCGUCUGACUACACAAAAACUGGUGACAAGAGCACAGCCAUGGACUCUUAUACUUUUCUUCUAAACUGGCUCGAGAGAUUUCCACAGUACAAAACUCGAGACUUGUUCAUCACUGGAGAAAGCUAUGCUGGACAUUAUGUCCCUCAGCUAGCUGACACUAUUCUCACUUAUAAUAAGCUUACAAAUCACACAGUGAUCAACCUGAAAGGGAUUGCGGUUGGGAAUGGCUGGAUAGAUGAUAAUAUGUGUGGAAAGGGAAUGUAUGAAUAUUUCUGGACACAUGCUCUGAACUCUGAUGAAACCCAUGAGGGAAUUCAAAGGUAUUGUGACUUUGAAAGCGGUAACUUAACAGGUGAAUGCAGCAAAUAUCAAAGUAGAGGGGAUACUGAGAUUGGAUCCAUUGACAUUUAUGACAUAUAUGCCCCCCCUUGUGAUUCAGCUGCAAAAAAAGCUGGUUCCAGUCCUGCCACUAACUAUGACAGCAAUUUUGACCCUUGUUCUGACGAUUAUACCAAUUCCUACUUAAAUCUCGCGGAAGUGCAAGAGGCUCUACAUGCUAAAGCCUCAGUAUGGUAUCCUUGCAGGUACACAAAAUUCUCUAAUUAUGUUUACCUCGCUACAUUUUCAAAAUACACCAAUUGUAAGUGUUAUAUUUCCAGAAUUGUAUUGAUGUUUCUGAUGCUUCUGUUCAGAGGGGUGGGAUGGACAGAUAGCCCAGCAACAAUUCUACCAACUAUAAAUAGGUUAAUAUCAAGUGGCAUAAACACCUGGAUAUAUAGUGGCGAUACAGAUGGGCGUGUUCCCAUAACAUCAUCUAGGUAUUCAGUAAAUGCCUUGAAACUUCCAGUGGAGACAACAUGGCGUCCAUGGUAUUCUAGCAAUGAGGUUGGAGGAUACUUGGUUGGGUACAAAGGGCUCACACUAAUCACUGUAAGAGGAGCUGGGCACAUGGUUCCAAGUUACCAACCGCAGAGAGCCCUAACCAUGAUCUCAUUUUUCCUACUUGGAGAACUUCCUCCUGAAUUCACCUCUUAGGUCUAUUUGGUACAUGUCCUUAAAAUAGAUGUGAAAAUUUGAUGAGUUUCAUAUGCAAAUUCAUCAAUAAGAUUUUCACCUCUAAUCAGGAAAAAAAAAAUUCUUUUAUAUAUUCUUAUAAAGGUAAAAAUUCAAGGAUGAGUUUAUAUAAAUAAGUUAUAUAAAUAUUCGUUUAUCUGUUUA